AUGUCGUCCGGAGCCAUCGCGACGGACGCAUCGGCGAAUGGCGCGGCGGCGUCGCCGCCGCCGCAGAGCAACGGCAACACGGCGAUGACGUACGCGUCGGUGAUCUCGCUGCACCAACUCAACAUCGCCGUGAUCGCCGUUCUCGUGCUGCUCGUGCUGCUCGUGCUCGUCCUCUCCAUCGCCAAGGCGCGCUCCACGUGGCUCCACCGCCGCGCCGUAUUGCGUCAGCAGGCGGAAAGCGCGCAGAACCUUCGGCCGGUCGGUCAGCGCGGUUUGCUGGUCGACGACCGGCCAGGGAACGGCAUUCCCGAGGAGCUGAUUAAGCUGUUAGGGCAGGUGGUGGCGUUCGAGGCGGCGAAGGUCGGCGGGGAGUGCGAGAGCGAGCGCGAGUGCAUCGUGUGCCUGGGGGAGUAUAACGAGGGCGACAUGGUGCGCGUGCUCGACGCGUGCCACCACAUGUUCCACCAGGACUGCAUAGACGCGUGGCUCAAGGCCCACAACUCGUGCCCCAUCUGCCGCACCCUGCAUGAGGUGCAGGAGCAGAGCGGUUACCGUAACAGCAUCACUGCUGCGUCCCCUGCAAGUGCAGGCACAGGAAAUGCUGUUCUCUCCCUUGCAGAGGUUGAGGGACGAGAGGGUCUUGGAGGUGGCGAUAGGGAUUCUUCUGUGGCUGAACCCAUUUUAGAAGCAGUGGUCGGGGCCAAGGUUGCUGCUGCGUCAAAAGACUUACUGUCCUCCUCCUCCUCUCUCUCCGACUGCCCAUUCACCACCACCAAUCCCCUCCACACCUGCGCCGUCGGAUACGCCGCAUCUGCCGGCGUGACCGGCGGGUACGGGAAGCAUGCCUACGUGGUGACCAACGCCGACGACUCACUCCCAGUCGGUACCAACGGCUCGCUGCGGUGGGGAUUAACGCGCGCCUAUGCCGCCGCGGGAACCAACGGCAUCUACAUCACUUUCGCGAAGAAAAUUGACGUUUUGCUCAUGGGGCCGCUAGCGGUGCCGUCGGGCACGACAAUCGACGGGCGGGGAGUUGCCGUCCGGCUCUUCGGGUCGUCCGUCGUGGUUCGCAACGCCCGGAAUGUGAUUGUGCACAAUAUCGAAGUGCAAAGCGUGAAGUUCCCCAACGUGAACAGCGGCGUGAGCAUCAUCGACAGCACGGUGGUGUGGCUGGAUCACGUGCGAGUGCGCGACGCCGUACCGGGGGCAGUGGAGGUCGUUGGCAGCAGCGCGGGCAGCGCCGGCAGUGUGACAAUAUCGAGCUGCCACCUGAGGAACGUGUAUCUGCCGGGUGUGAUGAUAAGGGGGCCGGGAGCGGGAUCCCCAGACUCUUCGAAAGCGCCGAGCGCGCCGAAGGCUGCGAGCCCACCUGGCGGCGCGAGCAGCAGCACCAAGAGCGCCGGCGGCAGCGCCUCUCCUCCGCUGACCGUCACGCUCUUUCGAAAUUGGUUUGACUCGAGUGACAACGCCAACCCCCAAUGCGCUGCUGCCACGUGUCACCUCGCGAAUAACCUGCUGUCGAAUUGGCGAACGUGGUGCAUUCAGGCGAAGCUCGCUGCAAACGUUCGGUCAGAAGGGAACAUUUUUCUUGCCGCCGGGCAGAAAGACGCGGCGCGAUCAGACGGCUCGUCGGUGGUUUCUCUAGGAGACCGGCUUGGGAACGGCGCGGUGUUUAAUUCCCAAGGGACAGGCGUGGUAUUCACUCCGCCAUAUUCGAUGACGCUCGCGGCGCCAGACACGGCGCUAGAGAGCUUCAUUCAGCAGUCCGCGGGCCCGAGCGUCAUGGCGCGUCCGCUCAUGCAGCCCCCCCCGCCGCCUGCUUCUCCGCCGCCUCUCCCCAAAUCCCCACCUCCAGUGCAAUCUCCGCCUCCCCCGCCGGCACCGCUCACUAAUAUCAACAUGAAUCCUCCUCGUUCUCCGCGCACCCCCCCUCGGUAUCCCCCUGUUUCUUCUCCGCCACCACCGACGAACUCUCCCCCGGCGCCCCCCGCUCCCCCGUCCGCGGACCUCCCAGACGCGCAGUGCGCGUUUGAUUCGGAUUUGCCGCUGCACAAUUGCUCUCUAGGGUUUGCGCGGGGUGUCCUAGGGGGAUACGAGCGUAGCGAAUAUGUGGUUACCAACGCCAACGACAGCAUCAUCGCGCCUGUGGAGGCAGAACAGUGUGCGUGGACCACUUACAUCCCUGCUUUCCCAUUCCCCGACCCUUGCUGUCUUCCCCUCCCAUCCCUCCCUGUGGGCGAGGUGGAAGAAGCCACCUAUGGCAGGCAGGACGGCAUGGCCAUACGAGCCAGCAGCAUGGUGUGGGUCGACCACUCACAUCCUGCUCUUCCCCAUAUCUACACUCCCCCCCUCGUCCACUCUCUCAUUCCAGUGGGCGAGGUCGACCCAGCCCCGUUUGGCACGCAAGACGGCAUAGCCAUCAGAGCCAGCAGCAUGGUGUGGGUGGACCACUGUCUCGUGCACAACGCCCCUCUUGGAACCAUCGACCUCCUCGCUUCCUCGGACACUGUAACUGUCUCAUACUGCCACCUCUCCAACUACCUCCUCCCACUCGCCUCCGCCAACGCCACGUCAGCGCUGCAGACCGCCGACCGGACGAGCCCAGACGCGGGCACGGGCACAGAUGGGGAUGGGGGUGCAGGAGAGCCUGAUGGUGCACGAGUUACCUACUUUGGGAAUUUCUUUGAGGGGCCGUCAGCACCCAUGCUCCACUGCCAGGCGUCGCUGUGCCACGUGGCAAACAAUCUGUUUGCCAACUGGACCGACACGUGUAUUGUCGCGCGCGGAGGCGCGUCUGUGAGAUCACUCAAUAACGUGUAUGCCAGCACGGUUCCGGGUGCGGCAGGGAUUGUAACGGCGAAUGCGGACGGCGCGAGUUUCUUUGUAACGAGCGGGGAUCUGCUGAGGAAUGGAGUGCGGUUUGUGGUGAGUUUGCCGCCCGGAGUGAGUGGGAGUGCGGACAUGCCGCCUCUGCCCUACUCCCUGCCGGUAGACAAAGCUGACUCAAGCCUUCCAGGCCCGAUCAAGGGGAAUUCGGGGCCUCAGUUCUGA